GCCAACGAAUGCUGCGUUUGCAAGGAACAGUACAAGCUCCUGCGAGCCCAGAGAGGACGGACGAGUCCCCGGUAACAAACAAACAACGGCGACACGGCAAAGUCCACGGAUUUAAGCGGUGUGCAGGUACGGCUGUUUUUAGGUUAAAGAAUGGAGUUGGCCAACCAUGGUCUUAUCCUGCUGCAGCAGCUUAACGCUCAGAGGGAGUUUGGCUUCCUGUGCGACUGCACUGUGGCUAUAGGAGAUGUCUUCUUCAAAGCCCACAAAGCCGUCCUCGCUGCCUUCUCCAACUACUUCAGAAUGCUCUUCAUUCACCAGGACAGUGACUGUGUGCGCCUGAAGGCUGCUGACAUACAGCCUGAUAUCUUCAGCUACCUCCUCAACCUGAUGUACACAGGCAAGCUUGCACCCCAGCUGAUAGACCCUGCAAGGCUGGAGCAGGGUGUCAGAUUCCUGCAUGCCUAUCCGCUCCUGCAGGAGGCCAGCCAGUCAGUGUAUUCACACCCUGAGCACAGCAUAAACCUCUCCACUUCCCUCUAUGGCAUCCAGAUCUCUGACCAACAGGCGGCACUGUCAGCCAGACUGCCCACUCGACGGCAGCUCUCCUCACCUUUUGAUGUCGAGCAGCUCAUGUCAGAGGGGAAAUACCCAUCCACGCCAGCCACCACAGCUUCAUAUGCAAAUUCCUUACCGUCCAAGCUAGCUUCCUCACCCACAGACAUGGAGGCCUCAACAAGUGGCCCUAGGCCUGUAGCUGAGGAGGGGGGAACUGACUUGCUAAGUGCAGGUGGUUCCUCAGCCAGUGCCAUCCUCCACGUAAAGCCCAGCAUCAUGAAGAGGAGUUCCUCCUUUAGGAAGCAUUACUCCUGUCAUCUGUGCAGUAGCCGAUUCAACCAGAGAUGCCUGCUGAGAGAGCACCUCCUGCAGCACACCCAGGCUCUUCAGCAGACCCCGACUGAGCCCAGUAAUGCACUCUCACCUGUCAUGACUGGAGAACACAGCAUGCUAGAGGCAGAGGGGGUGCUUAGGGGAAGCAAGCAAGGGUCAAGUGCCUCGGCUGCCUCUACAGCAGUCGAGAUCAUCAGUGACAGUGAGCAAACGCCUGUUUCAGGUGCCAACUCAGACUCUCCCAGGGCAGAGGUAUCCACAUCCAGCUGGGGGGUGGGGGGCGUGAAUUCUCAAGCAGACACACCACCUCCGUCAGACAUUGCGGACAUUGACAACCUGGAGAGUGCCGACUUGGACCGGGAGGUGAAGCGGCGAAAGUAUGAGUGCUCCACAUGUGGGCGCAAGUUCAUUCAGAAGAGCCACUGGCGCGAACACAUGUACAUCCACACAGGAAAGCCCUUCAAGUGCAGCGCUUGUGGCAAGAGCUUCUGCCGGGCCAACCAGGCAGCCCGCCACGUGUGCCUGAACCAGGGAUCGGACACCUACACGAUGGUUGACCGACAGAGCAUGGAGCUGUGCGCUGCAGGCGACGACAGCAGCCAGAUGGAGGCGAUGUUCUUGGGCUCGUCAAAGCCUUACAAGUGUAACAUUUGUGCGACCACCUUCUCCAGCCCCAACGAGGUGAUCAAACACCUGUGCUUCACCCAGGGGGGGUUAGUGGGACUGCAGGGAAACACAGAGGCAGGGAUGCUGCUUCAGCGUGAAGAGUUUUCCAAAGACGAAGGCUCUGAUCUGUCCAACUCUGGCACCCCAAUAGAACCUAUAAAGACUGAGGAGAUCCUCGUAGAGUAGUGCCAAAACGGUGUUUCUGUCCUUUUUAACAUGUAUUUUUAUUUUCUAAAUUAUGGUUAAUACGUAAGCUAAAGUUAGUCAGGGUAUGUAUGUUUGAGGUUCUUGAUCUACUUAAACCUUUUGCUUUGUUUUUGAGUACAGUAUUUUGAAUUUUUUUGACCCUCUGUAUGACAAAAUGUUUGAAGUAAAUAGCCUAUAGCUCUCAGGAGUUCAAACCAACAUCAUUAGAAAAGCAAAUAAAACUAACAUAUGGCUAAAGGUCAAGUUAAAUACCAAUGAGGGAGAAGAAAGGACUAUUUACCUUGUUUCAUCUCAUCAGUUUAGUAUUGGUGUACAUCUGUAUUAGACUCCCACUGUUACUGUCAGUCUGUACCACGCUGUUUUUUUUUUUGGUAAGCGUUACCGUUGUGGUGAGGCUACGCAGGCAGACUUUCAGUAUGAAAGGAAGAGGAAGCUGAGACAGUUCCGGAGGAGACUGUGUUGUGAGAUGAGUUGGCUGUGCUAUGUUUGACGAGGAGAAAGAAGUGGAAACCACUAACAAUCCCUCUUGAGCUGCACAGAAGAGUUGUUUCCACAUGGUCAGAAAUGAGGUGCUGAUUCUGCAGGUAUAAUUCGACCUAAAAGCACACAGAAGUAUUCAGACCUGAGACAAUCUGCGGUCUUUUUUGAGUUGACACCCAAUAUGCAGGACAGUACAUUUGUCUUCCAUUUAUGUUUUGGUUGAGGUUUUGGCUCCGCAGAAUGAAUAUCUUGAAUUUUAAUGUAAUGACCAUUAAUUGCACCGUGCUCACUAACCAUUUAUUUGUUUAUUCAAUGUUGUGUUGAGCUGUGGUGUGGUUACUGGUCCUGUCUGAUUGCAGCAUAUUAAAGCACAAUUGCUCAUCAUAAUAAGAGUUAGAAGUGACCAGAAACUGGUCACGUCACAAGCAAGAGCAGUCAUUGUCUUUACUGUUGUGCCACUUUUAUAUCUUUUUUUUUUAAUUUCUCAUUUUCACUUAUGUUGUAUAAUUCUCUGAUUGAAGAAGAAACAUGUUCCAUCCAGACACACAUACAUUGAUAAGAGGAUGUCCUGUACAGUAUGUAUGUUAUAAUUUGCUUGAAUCUACUCCUAAAAGCCCUUAAAUUUAGUUUGACAUGCUUUUCUAAUUUUAUAUACAGCGCUAUAUUUACAAAGAAUACAUUAUAUUGCAAAGGUGUAUAUAUAUUAGUAGACAAAUAGCUUUGAAAAUAGAAAUACAUUUGGUUUAACAAAAGUUUAUGUAGUAGGGAUGGGCAUGUUAAACUUAACUUUAAUUUCUUCAAGAUGUUACGUAAAAUCUGAACUUGAUUAUCAUCGUUUGAGCUUUUAAAGAUACAUUAUAAUUAAAAAGAUUAUUCAGGAUUUUAGGUCUCUUUUCCCAUUGCCAAAUUUGUACUAAUUGCUAACCUCCUUACUCAUUUUGUGCAAAGGGAAACAUUUUCUCUGUAUUGUAGAUUGAUAAUAUUGUAGACCUUCUGACAUUUAUAUUUGUUCUUUAACUUUCUCCAAAUCAGAAAUAAGUAGUGGUUGCAACCUUAGUCAUUUAUUUAAAAGAAAAUGUAAUAAAAAGAAAGAAGAAUGUUGUGGGAGAAAAUAUGCAGAUGAACAUGAUAAUGUAUAUAAGGUUUAGAGCAGUAGAGUCUGACCAUUUCACCUGUCAGUGUGGAGGUCAUAGGUAAACUCAGGCAAAGAUGACAGCGGGACACUCAGAGCUUUAAAAAGAAGAUGUUUGCAAGAAAUAUAAUAACAGGGUCAUAUCGCUAUAUGCCAGGCUGUCUGGACACGUGUUAUGGGAAUAUAAAAGGUGCUAUUUAUUAGAACAUCAGUUCUUUGGGAUAACAAGAACACUUUCUGUGUACUACUGAUGACUGGAAAUUGUGAAAAAAUAUUUACAUACAUGUCCAAUAAAUGUGAAGCAACCGAAGUGAAAAGGCAGUUAUAUAGUUUGUCAUGUCAGAAAGUGUCAAGUAUAAUAAUCCAGCUCCAGUGGCAUAUUUUUAACAAUACCAUGUUUUGUUUUUUUCUGUUGCAAACCCGCAAUUAAACUGUGAUUAAAAUAACUUGACAUUUUUGACCCCCCCCCCCCCCCCCCCUUUUUUUUUCUUAUUCUAACAUAUUUUAUUAUUCACACCACACGCCAGUGGAGAUAGGCCUGGAAAACCGUCUUACUAUUGUUAUUGUUGUUUCUUCCAGUAGGAAAUAAAUUCUAUACUGUGUUGUUAUUAAUUACUACAAAAUUUGCUUUCUUGCUGCAAAAACUAUAAAAUGUUUUGGAUCUUCUCAAUUUAUCUAAGCCAUAAUGCUAUUAGGUUGCAGCUAGUCCAAUCAUUUUAGUAUCCUGUUAUCCUACUAUAGCAGUGAUUAUCCUAGAUCAGUUUAACAAUUCACAAGAUUAAAUAAUGUAAUUUGUAAUAUAACUUCAAAGCUGAAUGAUUAACUAAGCCACCCAAAAGCUCAUUAAUGUGUAUUAUAAAAAUAUAUAUUUUAAAUUUAGUUUUCAUUGGUUUUAUUUGCCAUUUUUUAAUGAAAAAAUGCCCAUCCCUAGUAUCUUUAAUAUGUAUUGUGUUCUUUUGUUUUCUGUUUAUUUUGAGCCAUCUUCACCCAGGCCGAUUAUUCAUCCUCAGAUUCAGCUUUGUGACAGUGAGGAUGAGGCCCAGUUUUAAUUAGUUUGAAGUGGGAAAGCAGUUGUUGCUUUGAUGCAAUGAGCCCAGUGUUUGGCUAGAUGGAGCUGUUUUUCUUUAUUGUCAUCUCAGGUCUGAAGUGAAGGGGAAAUCUGUCAAAUCUGAAAAGUGAUAUCUCAGCUAACGUGGUUGUGUGGUUGCAUAUUAUAUGACCAUCUUUGCCAUCUUUUGGAACAUAAGUGAAUAUUCCAUC